UCUUCGGUGCACCCAUUUGUACAUUCCUGUAAUUUACAAGGCCUCUGAGGCCAUCGUUCCUGAGAAAACUUCCACCACGUGCCCUGUUUGAAAGGCGAAAGAGGCACUUAGCGUAAAUCAAGUCCCCAGCUCCAGGAGCCAGCUUGUCCAUCAGCCCUCACAUCUCCCCAGCUUCCCCUGUCCCCCUCUGGCGGAGAGCGGAGGAGGAGUCACACGCGGCCGCGCUCCUGCAGAUGAAAGAGACGCAGCGGGGUCCUGCGGGGUCCGGCAUUAACACUCACAGAGGCAGCGAAGGAGGCAGUCUGAGUCUCUGAGCAGGGAUCAGCAGAGCCUCCCAGGGCAGACCUGGGCGUAGAUGUGCUUCCACGGCAACCAAAAUUGUUACACAACUUGUGCAUCUACAGGCACCAAAUUUUUUUUUUACAGUCAGGUUUGGUUUUUACUUCAGGCUGUGUUUUCAUAGUUAAAACAUCUAUUUAGAACAUCUGGAGGUCCAAGGCUUUUGACCUCUAUCCUAUUUAACUAAUGCAUCUGAUGACCAUACCACUGUGACUGCAACUCCAUUCAACUAACAAAGCCGACUGUCUUACCACUCUGACCAUUACUCUGUUCACCUAAUGAAGCUGAUGACAACUGUGACCACUACAAUAAUCAGCUAAUGAAGCUAAUGACAAUACCACUGUGACCAACACCCUAUUCAACUAAUCACGUGAUAACUCAGUCACAGACCCAUGCCUGUCACGGGGUGCUGGAAACUGGACAUAGCAAGCCAUGUGAGGCCAAGGCAAUCGCAGUGGGUGCAUUACCAUGGAAGAGAACCAGAAAGGACAGGGAGGGUGGGUGCAGUCGGAAAUGAUGUGGGUCUUGGAGCAAUAACUGUCAUUCAAGUGAAGACACACUGGAUAAAAUCACUCUUAUUGUGAAAUCGAGGUAUGUACUCCAUCCACGUUAGAGGGAUAAUUACAAAGCCCCAAAACAUGUGUCCUUGUUCAAGUUAUGGAUGUGAAGUGAACAAGCAUAUGAACUACAUAGAUCACAGGUGCCAGGACCCAACCCUGAAAGGACGCACCUGUAAAUUAUUCUAUAGCCUACACUAGACAGCAGAAGGCGCUCUUUCACUUCUUAGCUGAUAGGUUAAUAUGUGGUUCAAUUUGGUUGUAUGUGCAAUGCGGUUGUGUACACGCGAGACGCUGCAGGCCUGUACGCAACAGGGAGUGUUAAAUGAAGUUAAAAUCUGACUAAACAAGCGUAAAUUCAAGGUCAGUCGCGAGUAGGCUAUUAUUCAAACGUCAAAGAACCAACGAUUUAUAACUAACGGAAUAAUACGCUGUGUAAGCCAGUGCAUACAACGGGAAUCAAACUAUUUUAAGUAGUACAUUACAGUGGUGCUCUUUGCGAAGUUGAAUAGCCUACACAUUUUUAUGUGUCACAUUUCACCGAUAUGCGGAAUUCUUCAUAUGAGUCGAAUGCCAUAAUUUCCUAAAUUUCCAGGUUCUAAUUGUGAUUUUUCUCAAGAGGAGAAAAACGCAUGGGUUUGUUCAGAUGAUGUCCUUUCAUUUGUCUUUUUAUUGACUUUUACCUGUAUCUCAGCUGUCAAAACCAAACAACGCGGUGCACUUCGGUAGUAGAAGUCCUGUAGUACUUUCUCACUAAGUUUACGAACAAUCGUCAGUGCUAAGGAAACUACAAUUUCCAAGAUAUACUUGACUAUUUUCUACAUACCUUUUUAGGCGGACUAAAGCGAAUACCACUACUGUUCGACAAAGAGGACGUGUGGCAGAAUCUUGGAAGCAUGGAAUCAAUGCAAAACCUGAAAAGAAAGAAAACAUCGGUUGCUGGUAGUGUUUAUCUUCAUUAGUUUCGCAAGCGUGCGUGCUUGUCAUUAAUUCUUCAAAACUUACUUCCCCCUUCACGGAACUAGCACUGUCCUUCCUCAUUAGUUUGUGCGGAACGUGUCAACUUCAGUAGUGACGGGCAUUAUUUCGCUGCUGUAGGCUACGGACACCCAGAUUGCAUGCGCUGGACCAGGGGAGCGUGUUGGGAGCUUUAAGACUAAAUCCUACCUUAGCACAGUCUGCGAGAAUUUCUCCAUUGUGCCACUGGAAUACAAUUGCAAUACGAAAAAACGCCAGAAGGAUAAAUGUUGAUUACAUUUAGGUACGAUUUUAAGGUUUAUGUUUAAAUGUUGUAAUAAAUACUAGUAGAUUAUGUUCUACUAUCUAAAUUUGUGAAUAUUAAUACGCUAUUAGGAAGCGAAUAUGAAAUUCAACGGGUACCUGAAGCUCAGGAUUGGGGAGGCGGUGGACCUUAAGCCAACAUCUACCUCUCUCCGACACUCCGUUAUGUUUAAUAAAACGUCUUCACCCCUGGAUCCCUAUAUUUUGGUCAAAGUGGACGAAAGCAAAAUCGGACAGACGCACACCAAGCAGAAGACAAACACGCCAACUUACAACGAAGAGUUUUGCCUUAACGUCAACGAUGCAAAGAAAAUUGAACUUGCGGUGUUUCAUGACACCCCGAUUGGAUAUGACGACUUCGUUGCCAACUGUAAUAUACACUUCGAGGACCUGAUUAAAACGUCCAACACGGAGGAAACCUUCGAAGGAUGGGUGGACUUGGAGCCCGAGGGCAAGGUGUACAUUGUGAUCUCUAUUACAGGCGCCUUCAUCGACGACGAUGCCGUGGGAAGCGAGAGGCAGUACAAGCAGUUCAACCGGCAGCGGCAGGGGGCGGUGCGGCGGAAGAUCCAUCAGGUCAAUGGGCACAAGUUCAUGUCCACCUUCCUCCGGCAGCCCACCUUCUGCUGCCACUGCAAGGAGUUCAUCUGGUGAGAGCUGGGGGGGUUUGACCUUCAC